AUGGCCCCUAAGGACGGGGCACUGCCCCCCAUAUGGGAUAACCUAGACAGGCAGAUGGGUCAGCUAUUUAUGAUGGGAUUUGACGGGACAGAGGUGGACAACCAAAUUCGAUCGCUAAUCGAAGAUUAUCAUGUGGGCAGUAUUAUAUUGACUGCAAAAAAUCUUAAAUCUGCUGAAGAAACUACGAGGCUUAUUUUGGAGUUACAAACUAUCGCCCGAGAUGCAGGCCACCCAGUUCCGCUAAUGAUCGCUCUCGACCAAGAGAAUGGAGGUGUCAACAGCCUGUAUGAUGAGAUAUAUAUCCGACAAUUUCCCAGUGCCAUGGGCGUUGCCGCAACAGGCUCUAAAAGGCUUGCCCACGAGGUUGCGUCCGCAACUGCCCAAGAACUGAGGGCCGUCGGUGUCAAUUGGAUUCUAGGCCCUGUACUAGAUGUGUUGACCAACUUGCGCAGCCAACCUAUUGGCGUGCGAACUAGCGGCGACGACCCUCAAGAGGUUUCACAGUACGGCGUCCAGUCAAUGAAAGGGUACCAGGAAGCAGGAUUAGUCACUUGCGGGAAACACUUCCCCUCGUAUGGCAACCUAGAGUUUGGCGGGUCUCAGGCCGAUGUCCCCGUGAUUACAGAGUCCCUCGAACAGUUGAGUCUAAGUGCUCUGAUCCCGUUUCGAAAUGCCAUAGCCAAUGGUCUCGACGCAAUGAUGGUGGGCGGAGUGGCCCUUUCUUCGGCCGGAGUGAAUGUCAUGCACGCCUGUCUUUCAGAACAAGUGGUGGAUGGUUUAUUGCGCAAAGACCUGAAGUUCGACGGAGUCGUGGUGUCCGAAUGCCUUGAAAUGGAGGCACUCACACAUAACAUCGGUGUAGGUGGCGGCACUGUGAUGGCAAUGAAAGCUGGCUGUGAUACGAUCCUUCUAUGUCGCUCUUAUCCAUUCCAGCUAGAAGCGCUCAAUGGACUCAAACUAGGAGUCGAGAAUGGCAUGAUUAGCCGCUCACGGAUUACACAAUCCCUUCAAAGGGUUCUUGCCAUGAAGGCUCGUUGCACGUCGUGGGAGCAAGCUUUGAAUCCUGGAGGCAUCAGCACCUUGACUAAAAUGCAGCCAUCGCAUACAAGUCUCUCAACCCGCGCGUACGACAGUUCAAUUACUCUCGUUCGCGAUACCAAUAACUUACUCCCAUUACCACAAAUUCUAGACCCGGAUGAAGAGCUUCUGCUCCUGACACCAUUGGUGAAGCCGUUGCCAGCAUCGGCGGUCUCGCGUUCGAUGCAAAACAUUAUGAAUACUUCCCCUGAUCCGGAAAAAAGCUCAUCGAUCACUAGCGGUGAGAGCGUCUUUCGAGAAUUUGGGCGAGCACUGGCCCGUCAGCGAUCUGGUCGAGUACUGCAUACAUCUUAUACUUCUACUGGAGUGCGCCCGAUCCACGAGAGUCUCAUUGACCGAGCCGGCGCUGUUAUUAUUCUAACAGCAGACUCCAAUCGGAAUCUCUAUCAACAUGGGUUUACCAAACAUGUCUCAAUGAUAUGCAAAUCACAGUUUUCACAGACAGGUGAGCGACGCGAGAAACCCGUAAUUGUGGUUGCGGUGAGCUCGCCAUACGACUUUGCCAUAGACGCAUCUAUCAGUACAUAUAUCUGUACUUAUGACUUCACAGAGACGGCGCUUCAAGCGCUAGUCAAGUUGCUUUACGGGGAACUCUCGCCUACGGGGUCAUUACCAGGGACAAUUAGCCGAAGCCAGAAAAUACACCAAUCACGGCAACAUUGGCUAGUCGAAGCAUGGAACGAGGAACGCGACAGUAAAGGUCUUGAGGCGUUGUUGGACACUGUACGAGAGAGUGGCGCGCAUGCAGAGUUAACAAGCGUGUCCGCUCAUAGUUUCCUCCUUCGAAAUGACGAUAUCGAGGAAGCGCACUUUGUGGUGCGAAAUAGCACAACACAGGCACUGUACGGGUUCUGCUCAACGUACUUCUUCAGGUCAACGGGUACAGGGGUCAUUGGAUCAAUAAUCGUGGAUCCCACAAGACGGAAGCUAUCAAUUGGGCAUUCACUACACAACCGAGCAAUUCGAAGCCUGCUGCAGAGAAAGGGAGUGAAACGGUUUCAACUAGGCUCGCGUUUGCCGAAUAUAUACCUUGGAAUCCCUGCCGGUAAUCCAGUGGAGCGUAAGAGACUACGUCAAUGGUUUGCUCAAUUGGGAUGGAAUACGGCCCUCUCUCGACCUGUAUGCAGUGUAUUGCUGCGGCCUUUGUCGUCGUGGACACCACCGGAAGGACUUGCAAAAAGCCUCCACACGACCGACGUUGACUACGAUCUUGUAUACGGCUGGGAGUACGCAGAAUCGAUUUUCGAUCAUAUCAAGACCAACUCCCGACAGGGAGUGAUGGAAAUAUACAAGAUGGCACUCAACGGAGCACCACAUUCGGGCAUCAUUCGUGCGAAGCGACCUGAGGAUGGGGCUAUACUAGGUAGUGUUGUGAUAUACAAUAGUCAAUCGGCUAUCGCAGAGUAUAUACCAACGCUGCAAAAGAAGGACAAGGAGAAAAACAAGGAAAAGGAGACGAAUAACCAAAGCAAUGGUUCUGGUAGUGGUGGUGGCGGUGGAGGGGUCUCGUCGCCUGUGAUCUCGCCGAUGGUCGGAGAAUAUGCGACUUUGAUGCAGGGGUUAAUUUUAUUAGGGAUCAAGCAAGUUCGGAAAUCAGGUGCCGAUGCGGUGAUGCUUGACUGUGUCGACGGCGACGGCAAUUUUGACAGUCUCACAGCCAUGGGAUUUACGGUUCUGCAUACCUUUGAAGAAGUAACCUGUGAUGCAGCAACCUGGAAAUUGAUGCAGCCAGCAUGA